UAAUCAGGUACUCUCUCUCUCUCGCUCUCUCUCUCCGCACACAUUUAGGAGUAAUAUACAAUUUCACACGAAAAAAUCACAACCAUUUCCGCACCCAAAAGUCCUCGACCCGACCCUGAUCCGUUAACUCGGAUCAUGGCAGGAGCUCCCCCCUUACUCCUCCUAGGGUUUCUCUUCCAUUGCUUCCUCUCCUGCCACGCUUGUCUCAACUCCACCAACACUUCCCUAACCAAUUUCCAAUCUGACUUCUUCAUGCUCCAACACCAACUCAGAGGCGUCUUCCAGUUGAUCGACGCCUGUUCCUUUAGGGUCACCCGAUUCGACAUGCUCCCCGGCUCCGACGUGCGAUGGUGGGGCUCCAUCGGCGACGAUUUCGCUAACUUAACCAACGGAUUCGUUAUAUCUGACAUGAAACUCAAUAGGACCUAUAAAAACGAUAGCUUUGUUGUUAACCUGAACAACAAUGUGAGUUGGGAUCAGAUCAGGGUGGUUUCCGUUUGGGACAUACCCACGGCAUCCGACUUUGGGUACGUUGUGUUGGUAAACGAUGCUAGAAAUGGGUCGGAAGAUUUUGCCCCAUCCCCUUCGCCAGCUGCUGUUGGCGGAGGAGGGGGGAACAACGGCUCAAGCAAUAGCUCGAGCGUUGUUGGGGUUUUUAAGGAGCCCACGAUGUUUGAGAAUUGCAAAGUGUUGUCGUCGAGUUAUAGGGUUAGGUGGACGUUGGAGGUGGAGGAGGGUUUGAUUGAUAUCGGCUUGGAGGCAGCCACGGGGAUUCAGAACUACAUGGCAUUUGGUUGGGCGAAUCCCAAUUUUACUUCCAAGCCCAUGCUUGGUGCUGAUGUAACGGUGACAGGGUUCGCGGAGGAUAAUGGCAUGUCAUUUGCUGAUGAUUUUUACAUCAGUCAGUAUAGUGAGUGUGUGAAAGAUGAAGAUGGCAAAGUGCAGGGGGUUUGUCCUGACUCGAUGUAUGAGGGAUCGAAUGCUGCUAAUACUUUGGUGAACAACUCUGUGUUGGUUUAUGGGCAUAGGAAAGAUGGGGUGUCGUUUGUCAGGUACCAGAGGCCGUUGAAUUCGGAUGACAAGAAGUUUGAUUUACCUGUGAAUCCGUUGGAUAACAUGACUGUGAUUUGGGCUAUGGGUUUGCUUAAGCCGCCAGAUAGUCUUCACCCUUACUAUCUCCCCGAAAACCAUGGCGGGACUUAUGGGUAUCUGACACUUAAUGUUUCGGAUCACGUGAAUGAUUGCUUAGGACCAUUGGAUGCCGAAGAUAAGGACGAUCAAGAUCUCAUCACUGCCGAUAGAAAUGCACCUCUUGUUGUUACUGUGGGCCCAGCUGUGUAUUAUCCGAAUCCCCCUAAUCCUUCUAAAGUUAUUUACAUCAACAAGAAAGAGGCGCCUGUUUUAAGGGUAGAAAGGGGGGUUCCUGUGAAGUUCUCAAUACAAGCAGGUCACGAUGUUGCAUUUUAUGUUACUUCUGACCCGCUUGGUGGAAAUGCAACUCUUAGAAAUAAGUCUGAGACUAUUUAUGCAGGGGGACCAGCAGCUGAAGGAGUCCCAGCCAGCCCUAUGGUCCUAAAUUGGGCACCGGACCGAAAUACCCCUGAUCAAGUUUACUAUCAAUCAGUGUUUACCGAGAAAAUGGGUUGGAAAAUUCAAGUGGUCGAUGGGGGUUUAUCAGAUAUGUAUAAUAACAGUGUUGUCUUGGAUGACCAGCAAGUUACUUUAUUUUGGACACUCUCAGAAAACUCAAUAUCUUUUGCAGCUAGGGGUGAGAAAAAGAGUAGUUAUCUAGCAAUAGGGUUUGGUAGUGGAAUGGUAAAUAGCUUUGCUUAUGUGGGUUGGGUUGAUGACGAUGGCAAAGGGCACGUUAACACAUAUUGGAUCGAUGCACAGGAAGCCUCAGGAAUACAUCCGACGUAUGAGAAUUUGACAUAUGUGAGAUGUAGAUCAGAAAAUGGAAUCAUGACUUUGGAGUUCACCCGUCCAUUGAAUCCAUCAUGCCAUGGGGGUGAAAGGCCUGAAUGUAAAAAUAUCAUUGACCCCACAACCCCUUUGAAAAUUAUAUGGGCCAUGGGUGCUAGAUGGUCAGAUGACAAUUUAAGUGAGAGAAACAUGCAUUCUGCAGCGAGUAGUAGGCCAGUUAGAGUGUUUCUUAAGCGUGGCUCAGCAGAAGCAUUGGAGGAUUUACGCCCCGUACUGGCGGUACACGGUUUUAUGAUGUUUCUUGCUUGGGGAAUUUUACUUCCAGGUGGAAUAUUAGCAGCUAGAUACUUGAAACAUGUUAAGGGUGAUGGAUGGUACCAGCUUCAUGUCUACUUGCAGUAUUCUGGAUUAGCAAUUGUUUUACUUGGGUUUCUAUUUGCUGUAGCUGAGCUCCAGGGCCUCCAUUUUGACUCAGUGCAUGUGAAGUUUGGAAUGGCCGCUAUUUUUUUGGCUUGUGUACAACCGGUGAAUGCAUACAUGAGACCUAAAAAGCCUGCCAACGGGGAGGAGGUUUCCUCGAAAAGGCUUGUUUGGGAGUACGCUCAUUUUAUUACCGGAAGAUCUGCCAUUGUUGUUGGAUUCGUUGCUCUUGUUACAGGAAUGAAGCAUUUAGGAGAUAGAUACGGUGGCGAGAACGUUCGUGGUCUCAAUUGGGCUUUGAUAGGUUGGUUCUUUAUUGGUGCUUUGUUGGUGAUAUAUCUGGAGAAUUGUGAAAAGAAGAGGAGGAGGGACACAGUUUUUGGAAGAAGCGACUGGGUGUUGGGUAAUAGCGAGGAGGAGGAUACAGAUCUUUUGAGCCCUAGUCGGGGAUUUGCAGAAAAAGAGUUGGAUUCAUCUGAUAGAAUGGAAGUUCAGCUAGAACCCAUGAGCAGAUAGGGAUCUUGUUUUUUACUUUAUUUUUGAUAUAUAGUUUGUUAAUGUAUCUUCAACAGUUUUGAGUUUCCUUUCCUUUGGCUUACACAGGAGAUAGUGAUUUUAAAUGCCUGAAAGGUUUGAGCUUUCAGCUGCCAAUCACUAUGUUUGCCUCCAGUGCUCAUCCUGGAAGCAAAUGUUCUACAUCUACUUUGUAUACUGGAUACAUUUAUUUGCAUAGUUGGAACUCUCUCUC